ACAAUGCCUCAUCACCACCUCUGAGAGUGAAGCAGGAUGAAUUUCAUCUUCUACACAUUUCUGGCAUACUUUUAUUUGGGAUCCCAAAUCUUCCUUCUGCAUACUCUUCUGCUCGUCCAGCCCGCUCAUUCUCACCCGCAGCCCUGCCACAUCCUAGCGCGGAUAGGACACACCGUGCGCCUGGGUGCGCUCCUGCCUCCCCGCCAGUCGGUCCGGGUGCGGGCGGCUCUCCACCGCGCCCUCAGCGGUCUCGCCGAAAGCGGCAACAACUUUCUUCCGUACAACUUGAGCCUGGACGUGGUGGCUCGGGAAGCCCAGAGCGGAGACCCCGAGUCGCUCUUCAGGUGUGUGUGUCAGGAUAUUGUGGUCCAGGGGGUCUCGGCUGUGCUCGCCUUCCCUCAGACGCAAGAGGAAAUAGUACAAAUGGAAUUUAUGUCUUCUUUUUUGGAAAUCCCUUUUAUAAGCAUCAUUGAGCACGGAGAACCCCUCAAAACUCAGAAUCGUUUCCACUUGCAGAUGACAACUCGUAUUCCUCCAUCGGGAUUAGUGGAGCUACUUCUGGCUGUUUUGCAGCGCAGUGGCUGGGAAGAGAGCAUGGCAGUUCUUUGCCAUGGUUGGGAGGAUGCUGGUCUUCUGGAUCUGCUAGAACUCCAAGGCCGCUUUGGCUGGGGACCCUCACAGUGGCACCUGCGGGCCGCACUUAAUCUCUCUCACAGCACCCCUCACAUGGCUAACAUUUCUGACUUCCUGUCUGAGCACUUUAAUCUGGACCAUUCUCCACCCGCCUCGGUCCUGCUUUUUGGGGCUGACCCGGAGUGUGCCUCGUCAGUUCUGCGCAGUGCGCAUGACCUGGGGUUGACAUUGCCCACUGUACAUUGGAUUAUGGGACAUCCUUUAAGCCCAGAUGCUCUUCAUUCCAUUGGCCUGCCUUUAGGACUGCUGGCCUAUGGAGAGGUCGACCACAAACCGCUGGAUUUCUACAUUAGUGAUGCCCUGCAGUUGAUCAACCGAGCUGUUACUGCUGCAACUGUUGUACGGCCUGAUCUAGCUCUUAUCCAAAAUAUGGUCAACUGUUUUGACAAACCCAACAAACAUGAGCUGCCUUCAUCAGGACAGUACAUUGCCAGGUUCCUCUCUAAUACAUCCUUUUUAGGGUUGACAGGCCCUGUCAACGUUCAACGCAACCUUUCCCGUGUACACACAUCUCAUAGGGUCCACAUUUGGAGUCUUCAACGGGAUGCCGUCGGGCAACCUACGUGGGUGACUGUAGGCAGCUGGGAAGGUGGUAGGUUGAAUGUGGAGGAGCAGGGAUUAUGGCAAGGCUCAUCGCCUCGGCAGCGCACAGAAGGCCAAAUUGGCAGGGAAGGACGUAGAUGGCGAGCUGGCUUUCCUGUGUCUGGAAGUCGUCUACGUGUGGUCACUCUAGUGGAGCACCCGUUCGUCUUUACUCGAGAGGUAGAUGAGGAUGGGAACUGUCCUGCUGGGCAAUAUUGUCUGGAUGCAGGGACAAACAGUUCAGAAACCCUAGAUCACUUGUAUGCUGAGCGGGCUCAAGGCAACAAAAGCUUCUUGCCACCAGAUUACAGCAAGUGUUGCUAUGGAUACUGUAUUGAUUUAUUGGAGAAGCUGUCAGAAGACAUGAAUUUUGAGUUUGACCUGUACAUAGUUGGAGAUGGGAAAUAUGGAGCUGUCAAGGGAGGGCAGUGGACAGGUUUGGUGGGUGACCUCCUAAGUGGAGUAGCUGAUAUGGCCGUUACCAGCUUUAGCAUCAACUCGGCUCGCAGUAAAGUGAUUGAUUUCACUAGUCCAUUCUUUUCAACAAGUUUGGGAAUACUGGUGCGCAGUAAAGACACAGCAGCACCCAUUGGAGCAUUCAUGUGGCCGUUACACUGGUCCAUGUGGAUGGGAAUUUUUGUGGCACUGCACAUUACAGCAUUGUUCCUCACCCUCUACGAAUGGAAGAGUCCCUUUGGAAUGACACCUCAUGGACGAAACCGCGUAAAGGUCUUUUCCUAUUCUUCAGCCCUCAACCUCUGCUACGCCAUCCUCUUUGGCCGCACAGUCUCUAGUAAGACACCAAAGUGUUGGACUGGGCGUUUCCUCAUGAAUCUAUGGGCUAUAUUUUGCCUGCUGGUUUUGUCCAGUUACACAGCAAACCUAGCUGCAGUGAUGGUUGGGGAAAAGACCUUUGAAGAAGUGUCAGGAAUACAUGAUGCCAAGCUCCAUCACCCUUCUCAGGGAUUCCGAUUCGGCACAGUUCGGGAAAGCAGUGCAGAGGAUUACAUGAAAAAGAGUUUUCCUGAGAUGCAUGAAUAUAUGCGGAAAUUCAACGAACCUACCACACCUGAUGGAGUUGCCACUCUCAAGACAGAUCCGCCUCAACUUGAUGCAUUUAUCAUGGACAAAGCCCUGCUGGACUAUGAGGUGUCCAUUGAUGCUGACUGCAAGCUGCUGACCGUUGGUAAACCUUUUGCAAUUGAAGGCUACGGGAUCGGUCUUCCCCAGAACUCACCUCUAACCUCCAACAUAUCUGAAUUCGUCAGCCGUUACAAGUCAGACGGCUACAUGGACAUGCUGCAUGACAAGUGGUACAAGGUGGUGCCGUGCGGAAAGAGAGUUUUUGCUGUUACCGAGACACUGCAAAUGGGGAUUCGUCACUUCUCAGGGUUAUUUGUGUUGCUUUGUGUUGGUGUGACUGGGGCCUUACUUACUCUGGCAGGAGAGCAUGCCUUCUAUCGCCUGGUUCUUCCACAUAUACGCCGCAGACAGAAGUUCAAAUACUGGCUUCACACCAGUCAGAAAAUCCACAGAGCACUGAACAUGACUUACGAGGAUGUGAAACGGCAGCGGGCAAACACAGAGAAAAGCUGUAACAUUCAGAAAGCCCAGCCACAUCCUCCACCUCCACCUGCUCCCCUUGGAUCAUUUGCCAGGUGGAACAACGAGAGUGCCAAGGCAGCACAGGAGCCUAAAGACAACAAGAGGGUCCAUUUCAACCUGGAGACCCUCAACACCCGCCGACUCCUCCCCCGAGUUGUGUCAGACGGGGGUCAGACCAGCUCCACUUCCACAUUGAGCUCUGGGGCUGGGAGUUUAUUGGCGAGAGUGUGUGAAAAUGGGGGGCCUGUUCAGCGGCCCACCUCGUCAGUGAGAUCUUCGAGCCCCUCCGGACAGGAUGAGCUGGAAGAGCUCCAGACGAAGAUUGAGGAAAUCCGCGGGCAUUUGAAAGCUGCUCUGGCUCGCAGGGCUGAACUUCAGACAACACUGGCUAAAGAAAGAGCAGCUGCUGCUCUCACCACGGCAGCAACGACUGCUCCGCCCACAGUCACAGCCACCAUUUGCCCCGCCCUCACCAAAGAGCCGACAGAUUUAAAAAGGUGAUGCUCACAUUACGAGGGUUAUGAACAUUAUUACAAUGGACAUGUUUUUCUAGCGUUUGCCUUCAAAAAAGAAAACAAAAACUCUUUUAAAAUAUCAUGCUAAGGCAGCUUUGAUCCUUGGUACAGUUGUUAUGUUAAUAGAGCCUCAUGUGACAUCUUCUGAAGCAUCUCCACUACUCCUGUUAAAGAGAUAGUUCACCCAAAAAUUAAAAUGUACUCAUUAAUUACUCAACUUCAGGUGGUUAUAAUCCUUGCUGAAUGCAGAGGAAGAAGACUAAAAACUUGUAAGCUUUGACAUGAAUAAUAUUAAAAUACAAAUAAUAUGGAACUCAAUGCCCACAUAGCAAAAUUUCUCUGGCCCAGAUAUGGCCCACACAAUAAGCUUUUGCUUGGCCCACGUGCUGCAGUGAAUUACGGUACAUGAUUGGUGGAUAACUGGUCCUGAACUGGGCCAGAUAUGUUGGUGUGUCACAACUGCAAUGAAUUUGAUAAACACAUGAAGCAUUUCGCUUUAUCGCCACACUUCUUCUCGAAGCAACCCAAUUUUUUUCUUUACUCAAAAAUAAUUGAAAUGUAUUUUAAAAGAGGAUCAAGAUUGGCCAAAUUCACGUGGCCCACAUAUACAUUUUUAACAUCUAGGCCAAAUACUACAUUUGAUCUGGCCCAAGUCUUAUGUGCCGCCUCAAAGAUGGGUGAAUGCCUGCUGUGCCAGCUUUAUGCCAAAUCUGGGCCAGAAUUCUUUGCUACCUGUGUGGUUACAGGUUUCCAGAUUUCUUCAAAAAAUACCCCCUUGUGUUUAAAAGAAGAGGAAAGUCAGACAGGAACAAUUGAAAGGACAGUGAAUGGUCACACUUUACAAAAAGGUUCAUUAGUUAAUGUUAAUUAAUGCAUAUACUAACAUGAACAAACAAUGAACAAUACAUUUACUACAGUAUUUCUUCAUGUUAGUUAACAAAAAUACAGUUGUUCAUUGUUAGUUC